AGCUUCUCUCCUGCAGCACCGGCUGUGGCUGGAGGACAUGUGCGGAGCUUUGUUAGUGUCCAGCAGCUCUCUGCUGAACUGAUCACAUCCUGUCAAUGUUUAACUUUUGCAAAGUUGCAUGAAGCAGAGCAAAUGUGGAAAUCACCGCCUCCACACAACCGAACCGCAGACACAUUCACUUCUGAGCUGCUGUUUGAAUCGUGUUUCCACUGAGCUGGGUGUGUAGCUGGCCGUGGUCGGGAUGUCGAUGUCCGCCCUGCGAGCAGCCAAGCAGGCUCUGAGGAGAGACAUCAAGAGACGGGUGGCGGCGCUGAGCGACGCCGAAAAGCAAAGACAGUCUCUGGUGGUCUCACAGAAGUUGAUCAGACAUCCCAAAUAUGUGUCCGCUCAACGCAUUGCAGUGUUUCUCAGCAUGCAUGAUGAAGUGUGCACUCAGGAAGUCCUCAGAGAUGUGUUUAAAAGGGGCAAAACCUGCUUCAUCCCCAGAUAUGAGAGCAACAGCAGCCAUAUGGACAUGUUGAAGCUCAACAGUCUGCAGGACAUGGAGACUCUGCCUCUGACAUCCUGGAACAUCCGACAGCCUGCUGAAGAUGACAACAGCAGAGAUGAAGCUCUGGCUACAGGAGGUCUGGACCUGAUCUUGAUGCCAGGCCUGGGCUUUGACCGGGUUGGGAAACGUCUGGGAAGAGGGAAGGGCUUCUAUGACAACUUCUUGGAGCGCUGCAACAGACACCCCAAAGGAAAGCCCUACACCAUUGCCUUGGCCUUCAAAGAGCAGCUUUGUCAGGAAAUCCCUGUCGAUGACAAUGAUGUGUUGAUAGAUGAAGUCUUGUAUGAAGAUGAUAAGUAGCUCAUCAAGCAGCAGUGGUGAUCCAUGAACCCAAAAAUGGCAUUACAUGCCAAAGUCAGCUGACAGUUUGUAAUGGCCUUUCCAUUUAACAGCAAUAAAUGAUUUUCAAUGUAAUCAUUUUGAUUUAUUAGAGCCGGUGAAACUAAUAGAACUAAUAAGGCCUUACUGGAAUACCGCCAUCAUUAAUUUUAUUAAUUCCUCUGGCUUUCCUGCUAUGACGUCUGUCACGGGAUUAUGCAAGUUAAGCUAAUAACAAAAAAGUUGUAUCAAUAUUUGUAUUAAAGGUACCGGGACCUCAUGUUU